UGUUAUUUUGUAGAAGGAUCAAUUAACUGAAGAUGAAGUUGUGAAUAGAGCACUCUUGUGGAAACAAGCACGAGCAAAUAAAAAAGGGGGGUUUGAUGGUGAACGAUUAGCCCAAACAGUGCUGAAAAUUGAUGACUUCAUACGACAAAAGGAAGAGGGCGUGUUUAACAAAAGUCAUCCAACAGACGAUAUUCUGACACAAGCACUUGAGACACCUGAGCAUGCUGGUCGUGUUAGAGGUGUUGGUGGUUUUGUUACUCCAACAUUUUAUUUCAAUCUCAACAAAGAUGUGAGAUUGGGAGUUGGAAAAACUGUGUCAGAAAUGAGAUCGGAGUUUGGGAAACAAAUAGCCGAACUGAAUGCUAAGAUCAAUCAACUCCAGCAACAAAUAGGGAACAAAGAUACCGAAGAGAAAGGUAGUUUUUCAGUGAUGAUGCAAAAGUCAUCCAAUCAUGUUGAAAACGAUCAAGAAGUUGAAUGUGUGGAAGUCGCCCCGAAAAUCAUGGAAAAGAAAAAAAAGGUAUACAACUUAGUUAUUACUUAUAUUUUGUUAUUUUCUUUUUCAAAUAACUGUUCUUGUAGGCAAAACGUCAACCACGCAAGCUACCCAAGUUGAAAGGAAAGAAUAUUCCUUUGACAUUGAAGAUGUUACACACCUAUGGGAUGGUUGCUCUCAUUGAUGGACUUAGUAUUGAAAUAACAAUAAAAGGUAGUGUCGUUGGUGAUGAGAAAAAUAUCAAAGUGUUCAUCGUCCUUGAUAACAUUCGACACAUGUGUGAAUUGGACGCACUCGAGGCAUGUUGUAUAUAUGUCUACAUAUGGCGCUUAUAUAAGGAAUGCAAGAAGACAAGUCUUCUUAAAAAAUUCAAAUUUGUUGAUCCGUAUAGCAUGUCACAUGAUCUGAAGGUUGAUUCAGCAAAAAAGGCAAGAAUUUUGGCGAGUAGGAUGUGUGGUACAUUGACUAAUCAAUUUCUUUUGAUGCCUUGCAACGUGGGUUGGCAUUGGAUCCUUCUUGUUAUUGACCCGCAUAAUGAUACUACAUACGUGUUGGAUCCAUUAAAGGAAGAUCGUCAUUUUACGGAGAUAAAGAUCGUCACAGAAACAGCUAUAAAAAUGUUCAAUAAGAACAUAGGAAAAAGAGGAAGACAAAGUCAUGCGUGGGAAGUGAUAAAGUGUCAUCAACAACCUCACGGGUCAGUACAAUGUGGAUUCUAUAUAAUGCGUUACAUGAAAGACAUUAUUGAAAAUUAUGGAUGUGACCGCUCCAAACCAAUAUCUUCAUUGUUUGUCGAAGGAUUUUACUCUGAAGAAGAAAUCAAUGAAGUUCGUGAAGAGUGGGUUGAGUUUGUAUAUCGUUUUGUUCAUAAGAAUGAUGAUGAAGGUUCAAGCUAG